CUAGAUUUCAUUUUCAACUUACCCAGAUUUUCUCGAGUUUCGCCUCUUUCAUUUUGGCUAGGAUGGACGAACCGGGUCAUGAAACGGAUAUUCCGGGUUGCAGACAAUCGGAUAUGAAGCAAUCGUUCAGAGCCGCUCUUCUUUCUCUACUCACUGCAUGCUCCAGACAGGAUUUUCUUGAAAUUUUCUCGAAAUUCGGUGUGGCUGAGCAAAAUACGCUUUAUCGGCUGUAUACUCAGGUGAUUGUGAAUUUGCAUCAGACAUUAGAGGAUGAUUUUGAUGCACACUGUCAAGAAUUUCAGGUUGGACCAAUUCUUGAUAAAGUUGAGGAGCUGGUCGAAGAACAGAGUUUGGAUCCCUUGUUUUCAGAUAAGACCAAUGUAAUGGACUUUGCAAAUGACUUAACAGCAGCUAAGAAGCGCGAGAUACAAAGAUUAACAGCUUCACUUCAGAGGGCUGAAGAACAGAAUCGUCAAAUGGAAGCUCGGAUCAGGUUGCUUAAAGAGCAACCACAAGAGGCCUCAGACACAGCUAAUGCAAUCAAAAAGAUGAAAACCGGGAUCACAGCCUACUUUGAAGGAAAUGACAAGCUGCCUCCAACAUAAGUUUCAAGACAAUGGCAAUGGAAAAAAUGCGUAACUUUCAUUCCCUGCAUAUAAUUUUAUCAGCGUAUUAUCAAUCUAGUCACAAGACUCGCAACUACUUGCUACAUGUGUAAACCAAUGAGUCUUGAUUAAACCGGUUUAUGCAUUUUGUUCCGAUUAACUGACACGAUCAAUGAGUGAUAACUUUGGUGUUUGUUAGAUUAUUUUCACAACUUAUUACGUAAACAAACAUAUUGUGACACUUUAUUCGCAGCCAUAAGAUUCGUUGGGAAAUGAUCAUCUUUGUGACUUUA